ACCAUCAACUAUACAUUUUAUUAUGGUGCAGAUGCGCUUUAAUAACUCGCAUGGUGUUGAGUUGGAGAUUGCUUCAAAAGAGGAAUUGAAGUAUAUAGAAUGUGCUAUUAGAGAGCUUCUUUCCAAGAAAUCUGUCCAAACUACUGACGAAGGAGACGUGUCAACUGAAUAUUCAGGCGAAAUAGUUGCUGACACUCUAGAUGGAGCAAACACUGAUUCAGAAGAUGAUUUAGAUGCUAUCUCCUCCGGUGAAUAUGACAACUCCAGGGAUGUUGAGCUUAAUAGGGUUCCAGAAGAAGACAAUAAAACUUUAAAUACCCAACACAGAGAAGAUGUCGUACAUGCUGCAAAAAGAGGUUUCGAUCUGAACAAGAUGCCAUGGUUUGGAAAUGACUUAUCAGAUCCGUUAUCACGUCACUGCAGCGCUUUUUUGACAGAAUAUUUCUGGCCAGGUCAAUACGAUGUUGAUGAGAAAUUUUGACUCAAAACUUGUUUGUCUACUUUAGUAAUUCUGAUUUUUA